AUGAUUGCUAUGGGCGAAGGACAUAUCGCCGUGCCAUAUCACAACAUCAAGAAAUUCGAUACAGUCAAGUGGAUAGAAAUCGGCGCCCCCGACGGGCACGAACAUUCUGUCUUUGACAUCUCACUAUCUCUGGAUGAACAAAUCCUUGCGAGCGCAUCGGACGAUGCGACAACGCGACUAUGUAACCUCGAAAACAAUCAGCCUAUUGGACCACAUCUGCACCUUGAAGAGGUUAAACGUGCGGCCUUCACUGCAGAUGGAAAGUUCCUCGCCGUUGAAGCUGGGCUCAAUGACCUCCUGUCAGAACAUAUGACGAAUCUUCCUUUGAACACCAUUCAACGUGUAUGUUAUGCUUUCCUUGACCAUUUGCGUCAUUUCGAGCAUCCACAUCCUAGGCUGACGUUAUACGACGAUGAGUCCCGAAAUUCAAAGGUGUACUACCAGGGUUUUUUGGAUGACUUCGCACGACAGCACCGCAUCAACGUAGUCUUCUCGGUCACUUACCUUCCUUCCGGCGCCGCCGCUCUCAUCUACCCGGAGAAACUGAACGCAAUACCCGUCUCGAUCCCGCACUCUCAGCUGGGCACAAAGCCUCGUCUGGCAUGCUACGCAGACAGACAUCCAGUUGCGAGAGCCACCAGUAGUUGAGGCCUCGUGGCGCAGAGGAACUAUCACGCAAGAGGGAGGACAGCUACCAACUCUCGGCCGGUCAAUCCCCAUACCACGCAGUAACACAGCGGAAUGACCCAAAUCCAAACAUUAUCCACGACACUUCAUGCAGUCACUGGCAUUGCAGUGGCAUCUGGAACAAUGUCACAUCCGGACAUCACUUUGGAAAUGAAUCCGUCAAAAUAGUGGUAAAGAUCUUUCUAUUGUCUGGACUUGCGCUCGCUACAUUCAACGUACUUAUGUAUACGCGAUCUUAAUCAUGCAUCAUGAUGUGUGCUUGCGCACUUCUGUUGAUCAACAUACAAGCUUCGCAUAUUUCAUGUAUGAGCGUUACAUUUCACACAUAUCUGCUACGACUUGCAUACAUGCUGUGAUCUCAUGCAUACCUCCGCACUUCUGUUAAUUACUUUACAAGCUUCGCACAUUUCGUGCGCAAGCUUUACAUUCACAACAUAUCUGUUAC